AUAUGUAUAUUUUGAAAUAAAUGAUGUGUUAAUGUAAUUUUCGUUUUAUUUUUAUUUCUUUUCAGGUGUUUGAUCAAUACGACGUAGCUAUGGAAAUUUUCUCAAUGUCACUUGUGUAAAGACGGACAAGGAAAUGGUGAAAAUCACAGAGGAACUAGUUAGAAAAAGAGCGGAACAUAAUGAAGGCAUAAUAGGAACGCUGGAGGAGUUGUCCCUUCACCAGGAAGACGUUGAACGGAUCGAAAACAUCAACAACUGGUGCAAAAACAUUCAAAUAUUGUACCUCCAAGCUAAUUUAAUCCCCAAAAUUGAAAACCUGAACAAAUUGAAGAAACUUGAAUAUUUGAAUUUGGCCAUAAACAACAUUGAAAAAAUCGAAAAUUUAGAACGAUGCGAAUUUCUCGAGAAACUAGAUUUGACAUUAAACUUUAUUGGAGAUUUAGAAAGUGUUUGUUCCUUACAAGGCAGCAUUCACUUAAAACACUUGUAUCUAACCGGAAAUCCGUGUUGUGAUUACAAAGGAUAUCGCCAAUACGUAAUCGCCAAACUUCCUCAGCUGAUCACUUUAGAUGGAACCGAAAUAACAAAAAGUGAAAGGAUAAAAGCUAAGCAAAAUAUUGCUUCGAUUGAGGAAAAUAUAAAAAAAGAACAAGAUCGUUAUUUUUUGUUUAGAAGCGAACAGAAGAAGAGAAUUGAGGGUAGGUUCGACUCAACAAUCGAUGAUGAGGAGUUUUGGAAAAGUACAAGCGAAAAUUGUCCAGAAACAAGAGUGGAAAUUUCACGAAGAUCUAGAAAAUCAAAAGGAUUUGACAAAGACAAAAAAACAGAGAAAAAACAAGUUCAUUUAUUUACUAAAGAAGGAAGACCUCUCAAUAUCAAUCAAGCUAAAUUAGAUUUUAAAUUUAAUGAUGAGGACCCAGAAAAGUUUGUCCUUGAUCUUGCUGUUUACAAGUAUUUAGACACGAAUUUAAUUGAGAUUGAUUUACAACCAAUUUACGCAAGAAUUUUAAUUAAAGGGAAAGUGUUUCAAAUUGUUUUUUCGGAAGAAAUCCUUACUGAUAAAAGCACGGCAAAAAGGUCACAAAUCACUGGGCAUUUAGUACUGGAAUUGCCUAGGGCUAAUUACAAACCACUGAACCAAAAAAAAGUGAAAAAAAUAUCACGUCCGAUUUGCGAUGAUAAAGAAAGAAAAGAGCAAUUUCUGGAAGUGCAAGAACACAAUGAAAUGGAUUUUAGCAAAAUUGUGGAGAAUUAUAACAAAAAGUGUCCUCGAGAACAUCUGGAAGUGCCGCCUUUGGAGUAUGGAUAAACAUAGUUAAGUUAUUAUGUUUAUUUCUGCAAAAGCUUAUUUUUAUACACGUAAAUAAAUCGCUGCAAAUUCUA